AUGGUUCAAUUACUCGGAAAAGAUAUUGGUACCAUUGGGUACGGCAUGAUGGGUCUCUCAUGGCGUCCAGAGCCCCAACCUCUCGAAGAGAGCAUCAAAACCCUAAAAUCCGCCCUCGAAAACGGGUGUAAUUUCUGGAACGGUGGACAAUUCUAUGGAACUCCUGAAUACAACUCUCUUACCAUCUGCAAAGCCUACUUUACAAAGUAUCCUGAAGAUGCUGAUAAAGUAGUCUUGAGUAUCAAAGGUGGUAUAAAUCUAGAAAAGUUCGUGCCGGAUGGAAGUCCAGAGGGAGUGAGGAAGAGUGUGGAUACAUGUUUAGCACUCUUGGGAGGAACGAAGAAAAUCGAUAUCUUUGAGUGUGCGAGGGUGGAUAAGAAUACACCCAUUGAGACUACGAUGAAGGUCUUAGAGGAAGAGUAUGUGAAGACGGGGAAGAUUGGGGGUAUUUCGUUGAGCGAGUGUUCAGCAGAAACGGUGCGUAGGGCUGCAAAGGUUACGAAGGUUGUGGCUUGUGAGGUGGAAGUUGCUUUGUCUACGUUGAAUAUUUUUCAAAAUGGGGUUGCAAAUGCUUGUGCUGAACAUGAUAUCUUGGUUGUUGCAUACUCACCAUUAGGCCGAGGAUUAUUGACCGGUACGAUUCAAAAGCCAGAAGAUCUCCCUGAGGGGGACCAUCGUAAAGACUAUCCUCGAUUCCAGAAAGAGCACUUUGAAGCCAACAAGAAGCUUUCUGAUGCAGUGGCAAAGCUUGCGGAGGAAAAGAAAUGCACAUUGGCUCAAAUUUCUAUCAAUUGGCUUACAGCAAUUUCGAAGAAGAACGGUAACCCAGAGAUCAUCCCAAUCCCCGGUGCUACUACAAUCAGCCGCAUUCAAGAGAACUCCAAGGAAGUAUCUUUAAGUGAUGCUGAUUUGGCGGAGCUUGAAUCGAUUUUGAAGCAAUUCCCAAGUUCGGGACCUCGUUAUGGCAAGGAGCAAUCAGCAAUGUUGGAAGGUUAA